CAUGCUUAUUAAGUCCCCACGUCAUAUCUUCCCUGUUCAGUGUUAACUCAAACCCUGCGUAUUCUUGUGCCCAAAAUGAAGAGAAAGCAGAUUCUAGCAUAUGCUCUCCUUGCAUUCCUCAUAGCUUCUGAUCAGUGUCAUUACUCUGCAGGAAUCGUGGUUCAAGCUGCAAAAUCAGUUGAUACCAGGCUAAAAAAUGCACAACCAAUAUUGAGGUCCACCAGAUAUAAACUAGCUUCUUGGAAAUCCGGAACCAAGUUCAAAGACACUAUUCACAAGGCUCCAUCAGGCCCCAGCCCGAUCGGAAAUCGGCACAGAUCUUCUAUCCAUGUCUGAGAUUGGAGAGAGAGCCUUUUCUUGCUCAAUGUUUUAGACAUUUGUAGGUCAAAUGUUUUAGACAUCAAACAUCUCCACUGCAAACUUGCAGAAGAAUGUAUUUUCUUCCAGAAAUUGAUAAUGAUAUUGUUAGGUUUUGAGAUA